UGUGACCAGCUUGCCGUGGUUAUGUACAGUCAGAUGUUGAAGUGACUUCGAGUCGACUUGUCGUGAACAUUGUGAUCUUGCAGUGUUUUACGUGAAUGUUGCUGUUUACUAGUGACUUGUGUUAGAAGACUCCGUGGUACAACAUGGCAGCGAAUAUAUCAGAGAAUGAAGAAACGGAAACGAAUAAAACAAAGGUGUCGGACUCGGGCUAUUCCAACAGCUGCAGCAACAGCCAGUCCCAGCGCAGUAACAGUUCCAAGUCUCGCCACAGCACCUCCAGUGGCAGCAGCGGCUACUGUGGUCAUCCGUCCUCCAGUGGAGAUGAGAGCCUUAAAAAUAAGAAAUCAAAGGUCAACACGAUCGCAGACAUGGCUGAGCAUGAUGAGGAGACGGCAACAACAGAAACGGCUUUCACCCCUCCACAUCCUGCGGACGCCGAGAAACCUGAGACUAAGAAAAUUGCACCUUGUGUGGACCCUGCAGUGUUGGACAACAUGUCCAGCCCCACUAUUGAGAGUGAAGCUCUUCAAGUUGCGGUCGUGGCGCAGACAUUGUGCUGCAUCAAGACCAAGACCACCGAACAACCCCUUGGUAACGAUGACCAGGAGAUGGCAACUCCGCAGCCUGUUCCACUUAAAGAGCUACAGAGUUCCGAGCUUAUCAUCAGUGCACUGAAGGAAGACAUCAAACAUGAGAAAGAGUUCUGCGUUGUGGUGUCACUGUCCGAUGGAACUGUCGUCUGUACCUCACCGAACCUAACAAACGUCCUCGGCUUUCCCAAAGACAUGUGGGUCGGAAGAUCCCUCAUCAACUUUCUUCAUCCGAAGGACAGAAUCCCGUUUGCCAGCCACAUCACUUCGGCAAUGGCUCAUUCCCAUUUCAAGCAGAACAAUUCGAGAACUCCAUACACCCCCCAGGGCCUUAAUAUCAGCCAGCAAAUGUCACCUUCUAAGAUCUCACAACAAAUCAAAGACUCAGAACUAGAACUACAAAACCUUGACAUGAGUUCGAGCGAGAAAGGAGAUGAAUCCGAGUAUUUUUACUGCUGGAUCAGGAAGUACAGCAGUUUGAUGACAUCAGGCUUCAAAGUGGCCGACAAGAAGUCAACAUACCUUCCUUGUCAGCUGUCGAUGACCUUUAAGGAAGUUCCGGAACAAGGAGUAUUUCUUGUAGCUACAGCACAUAUUGUCAAUCCUUCUUAUAAAGUUCCUGAUGAGGCCUUUUGCAACCCACCAACAUUCACCAUUCGUCACACGGCCAACACACUCAUCAGCCAUGUGGACAAUGAGGUCGUGCAUCACUUUGGCUACGUACCUCACGACAUGAUCGGCAGAUCCAUCUUUGACUUUUACUACACCGAGGACUUACCUUAUCUGAAAGAUGUUUAUACUAACGUGUUGAUGGAGGAAGGACAGUUGUUUACAAGUCGUCCGUACAAGUUCAGAUGCCAAAAUGGCGACUGUGUAAUGGUGGAGACUGAGUGGUCCAGCUUCAUCAAUCCUUGGGGGAAAAAGUUGGAGUUUAUCAUCGGACGUCAUCGAGUUUUGACUGGCCCGCACAACCCUGAUGUUGUUACUCCGGUUCUCGAUCCUGAACCGGUUGUGAAAAGUGAAGAAGAACAGAACGAAUGCAAGACUUACCAAGAAGAAAUUAAAGUUUUACUCAUUGAGCCGAUAGUGAGGUGCUUUGAGCCAAGCAGAAAACAGUUGGCACAACUGGUUGAAUCUCUGGAGAAGAUAUCUUCAGACCAAGUCAAUGUGAAAGAUGCACUUUCAAGUGCACCUGUCGCAGUUCCUUCUGUGAGUAUCAAAGCCGCUUCUGAAAUGCUGGGUGAGAUUUCGCCUCACCACGUUUACUCUGACAAAUCCUCCUCCGACACUCCGAGCUACAACCAACUUACAUACAAUGAGAACAUACAAAGAUUUUUUGCAAGUGAACCAAAAACUAUUGGUUCUGAGGAAUCGAGGGAUACAAAAACCGAUCAGAACCAGUCGUCCUCUAGUGGAGGGGAGGAGGGGAAAUCUCUACCAAACAACUCUAGCUUCAACUCAAACAGUGACAGUUGCCUCAACGGCAGCGGCAACGGAAGUGGCAGCGGUCUGAGCUCUAACAGCGCUCGGCUCAAACCCAACAACAGCAGUAACAACAAACCCAACAACAACAGUAACAACAAACCCAACAACAACGGUAACAACAAACCCAGCAACAACAGUAACAACAAACUCAACAACAACAGUAACAACAAACCAAACAACAACAGUAACAACAAACCACCUGUUGAGACCAAUGCCAAGAAACCUUUGACUGCAGAGGAAUACGACUCCAGACCACUCACUGAGGAAAUGCUUUACAAGCACAAUGAAAACAUGAACAAGCAGAUGGCACAAAAACACAAAAAGGAGAAAAAUAAGGGUGGAAAUAACAGGAAGCACAAAAACAUACGGCACAAAAUACUAGAAGAGAAUGAACAGGACGAUCAAGGAGGUCAUGGUAUGAAGCGGAGUGUCUCACAUUCGUGGGAAGGUGAGCCUCUCAAGGCAUUCAAGGGAGGUCAUCGAGACAGGUCCAACAUAGCCCAAGAGGGAGCCAGGAUUCGCCCGCCUGCUCUGCCUGUAGUACCUCCUCCAGAGUGGACAGUGCCCCCGCCAAUUCAGCAAAUACCCACUGGACACAUUCCACUGGUUAACCCCAUCAUGCAACUGCCAUGUGUGUAUAUGAACACUCUGCCUACCACACUCCCCACCACUACCCCCAUGACUGUCAGCGGACACCAUGAGCUACCCCGGGGACCUGCUGGGGUCCGAGCUAGUGAACACCCCAGACCCACACUGAGACCCCAAGUGCAGGUAGCAGCUGCCCCACCGUACCUCGCCCAUCCAGUGCAGUACAUGCCAAGCCUGAUGUACCAGUUGCCGUUGGUACCGAUGGUCUACACACAGUCACACAUAAUACAGCCAACCAUCAAACCUCGCAUGGCCUAUAUACCAAACAUCUCCAUGGCAACAGUUCCUGUGCAGCAACCUUCGUCGAGAGCCACGUCAGUUAAAGGCGAAACUGGCUCCACAAUGUAUGCCUCAGCUUCUCUUAAACAGGCGAUGUCGGAUUCUUCGAAAAAAGAGAACAAGUCUAGAGCAAGCUCGCCAGUUUAUUCUCCUGGAGGAUUUACUAGUCAAACUGGGAAAUCGAAAACUGGCACUUUUGAUCAUGAUCUGACUCAUGAUGACACCAGCUACUGCUCCUACUCUUCGCUGUUUCUUAAGACUGAAAAAUCCGACGACAGCAUGAAAGGUUCACAAGAAAAAGAGACUGGAGAAGAAUAUAAGAACUGGAGAAACUCUGAACAAAGAUCAACAGGAAAGACACCGAAAACUGUCCGCAAGGAGCCCUCUUGGAUGGAGAACGUAGAAGUUACGCCAGAUCUCAUGUUGCGAUACCAGUUGGGUGGUUCUAUACUAAGUCAAGUCCUGCAGUCAGACUUUGAAACUCUCCUCAAGUACAAUCAGCCUGAACUGGUGAAUGAGCAGUUGGACCAGCUGUAUGUGGACUUGGAAGGGUUGUCCAAGAAGUUGACCUUGGAGGAGAAUUUCCCUUCGUCUUGCAGCAGUAGUGAUGAGAAACCCAUCCCCGCACCAGGCAUGCCAUCCACCAGCUCUUCUUUUAUCAAGACUAAGAAGAAGAAGAAAUUCAUAAACCACGACAAAUGUGCAAUGAUUUUUGAAGAAUACGCCCCACUACCUCCUUCUGCUAACGAACUGUUAGCGAUGUCUGCCCAGAGCUCGUAGCAUGGGUGGAGUUCCUACUCACUCACCUUCUUUACUUUUCCAGUAGCGUUAGUCUGAGUGUUAUAUCUUCAUAUUAUAUUAUUAAUAAAGUUUUAUUUAUUAAUAUGUUAUAUGAAAUAAGUAUUUAUAUUUGUGUACAAACAUAUAAAAAAAUAAUUUGUAUACUUUGUGAUGUUUAGUGAUUACAAACCUUAAACAGAGGAUACAUUUGGCAUUUAACGAGUGACCUUCUAACAUAAUGAGAAAAUUUAUUGAAUCUAUCAAUGAAAAUGUUUAGAAUUAAUUUUUAUGUUUUUUAUAUGUUUAUUGGUAGAGAUUUACUUACUUAACCAACUAUGAAAAUAUCAUUUUCAACUGUAACUAAAGUAAUGUGAUAAUAAUUGUUAGUGUUUUUAAAGUUUAUAUAGGCAACAGUUCAAAGUUUUACCGUCAUGGCCUUAUUUGGUUUGUUUACAGCCUAAAUAUGUGAUCUUCAAUAUGAUUUUAAAAUGGUGUUCUUAUAGUAGUUUGACUCCUACAAAAAUUAAAGUGAUUGCCAUUUUGCCUUGUUUGGACAUCCUUUAUAAGAGAGAGAAGUCUCUGUGAAAUGAUAUGAUAAAUCAAAUUAAACUACUUAGUUCAAAUGUCUUCAGUCUCACAAAAAUUGAUUUAAAUGUUCUUUGUUCAGCUUGAUUGAAUCAAGUAUUUUACAAAGUGUUAAAUGUUUUGUGUAAGCUUUUAUUAUUUCUUUUCUGCUGCAAUUGUAAUGAAUGUAAUGUUGCAAUAAAUUACCUUAUAUUAAUCUGUUAACUUUUAUAGCCUCUAUACCAGAAUACUUUACUCAAUGUUUUAAACCUCUAGACCAGCUGUGAUCUGUAGGUCUC